CCUUCCCCCCUCCCGCGUUCCAAAGCAGACGAUUCAAAAGCAGCGCCUUGUGAGCGCUCCGCUAACCAGCAGCACACCCGUAAAUUUGCACCGUAGCCCAGUUGGUUCUGUCAGUGCGCUUGGCUGCAUCCAGGCGGAGAGCAACCCUGUCUGUCGACUGUCACCCCAGUGUGUCUUGUCAUCCCAGCCGUCGCCAUGGAGGUCAUGUCGAACCUGGUCACCCAGAACAUCCCCAACUACCUGUCCGGGCUCCCGGUGCCCAAGUCCAUCGGAGGCUGGUUCAAACUCGGAGUCCGUGAUUGGCUGUCUCUGGUGCCCCUGGGUGCUGUCAUUGGUGGCAUUACAUACAUGUCAUAUUUGGCAUUUUGUCCUUGUGGACGUGUGUGCAAGAUCCACAUCAAUAACUCAAUUGAGAAGAACAAUGCUAAAGUUGUCCACUCUGUAGAUGUAGAGGAUCUUGGUGAAACUUCAGCAUUUUGUCGCUGCUGGAAGAGCAAGACCUUCCCCAAGUGUGAUGGCUCUCACAACGCUCACAAUGAGACUACAGGUGACAAUGUUGGCCCCCUCGUUGUGAAGAAGAAGAAAUAAAGGAAUUAAAAUUUGCUUAGUGCCAAACUAGGGUUUUUGUAAACAAUUUGAUUGAUUUCACUUCCUUCAAUGUGAUUGCAUUUUUGACAUUUGUUACUUUUAGAUUUGUUUUCCACAUGCUUGUGUGAUUGAUCUCAAAUCAGUUCUGAACUGCUUAGAGUGAUGGUAGUUAUGUGCCAUGCACAUGCAUGUUUUUAAAAACAUUAUUGUAAUUUUCCUUUGUAGCUAAAAGUCCUCCCUGCUUCGUUUCUUUAUUUCACAGUAAUAAUCUUCAGGCAAUUGUACAUAUUUCUUGCUGUUUUCAAUUUUAUUGGCUUCACUGCUGUCAUCCUUUAAGUUUCAAAUGCCUAUGAUGGCUAUAGACCUCUGUUGAGCUCCUCAUACACACGGGACAAUAAAAUUAAUACUUCAAA